CUGACGUCAUAAUCUCUAUUCAUCGUCGGCAUAUAGUCUAGACAAGAAUCAUGCCAGGCUCUGACACAAGUGACGAGUUCGAUAAAGAUGCCUUCAUCGUCGAUAUUGAUUCAAUCCAAUCUCACGGGAUUGGAGUUGCAGAUAUCAACAAGCUCAAGGCGAAUGGUUACUUCACAGUUGCAUCCGUUCAUAGCGCCACGCGGAGAACAUUGCUAAAGAUUCGCGGCUUCAGUGAAGUCAAGGUCGAGAAGAUCAAGGAUGCUAUUCAGAAAUGCCUGCCCUCGGCCUCUGGUUUCAUGACAGCGAUGGAGCUGAGCCACCAGCGCAAAAAGGUUGUACGCAUCUCAACAGGGAGCAAACAGUUCGACUCCAUCUUAGGAGGGUGAGGUUCUGUUACCUUACAACAUGCACCAGUGAAGUAUCCUAAUCAUCAUGGUCCUCGCAGGGGCUUUCAAAGCAUGAGCAUCAGCGAGGUGUAUGGUGAGUUCCGCUGCGGCAAGACCCAACUCUCGCAUACCAUGUCCGUGAUUGCCCAGCUCCCAAAGGAAAUGGGCGGGGCCGAUGGCAAAGUGGCAUAUAUCGAUACAGAAGGCACUUUCAGACCCGAGCGCAUUGCUCAGAUCGCCGAACGCUUUGGGGUUGACCCAGACUCCACGCAGGAGAACAUCGCUUACGCUCGAGCUCUUAACAGCGAGCAUCAGCUAGAGCUAUUGAAUACCCUGAGUCGCGAGUUUGCCUCCGGGGAGUAUCGGCUGCUGAUAAUUGACAGCAUCAUGAACUGCUUCCGCGUCGACUACUGUGGACGUGGGGAACUUGCAGAGCGUCAGCAGAAAUUGAAUCAAUUCCUGAUGAGACUUGCC